GAAGCGCACGUGAAAUCUCGUCAACACACACACACACACACGACAGAUGACCGUCCGUGAGCCGGGGUAGAGGUUCAUUCGCCGCCAUGAACGAUAAAUACCACCGGGCGGCUCGAGACGGGCACCUGCACCUGCUGAGAGAAGCGACGCGCAAAGACCUGAACGCGCCGGAUGAGGAUGGGAUGACGCCGACGCUCUGGGCCGCGCACCACGGCAACGUGGACGCGCUCAGACUGCUGGUGGCACGAGGUGGAGAUCCAGACAAAUGUGAUAUUUGGGGAAACACUCCCCUUCACCUGGCGGCAGCUAACGGCCAUCUGAACUGUCUGUCCUUUCUGGUGUCAUUCGGUACCAACGUGUGGUGUUUGGACAAUGACUACCACACGCCACUGGACAUGGCAGCUUCUAGGGGCCACAUGGAGUGUGUUCGAUAUCUGGACUCUAUCGCCGCCAAACAGAUCACCAUCAACCCCAAGCUGGUGAGCAAAUUGAAGGACCGUGGCUUCCGUAAUGCAGAGAAACGCAUUUUGAACUGUGAAAAGCUUCAGCGCAAACAUCACAAACGCAUGGAGAAGCAUUUCUUGAGAGAGAGCGCUGCGAUGGACACGUCGGAUACGAUGAGUUACAGCAGUUUCAGCAGCACCUUGAGCCGAAGGAUCCCCCAGUUCAACACCCUCGACUCCAACAUGACGUACUCGCAGGCAACGCUUCAGUCCACAACUAGAGGCCGGACCAAGAUUCUGCGGCGUCUUGAGAAGAAGAAGCAAGGGGAUGGGACGUUCAAGAUUUCCGAAGACGGUCGAAGGAGUGUUCGCUCGAUCUCUGGUCUUCAGCUGGGCAAUGACGUCAUGUUCAUGAAGCAGGGUACAUACGUCAGCCCACGCCAGCAGUCCAAUCCUCGCCUCAACAUCCGUAACAUGUUUUCUGGUGAAAAGGACAUACGGGAAGAUGAAGAUGACGAUGAGGUAGACACUGUUUCCCACGCACUCAGCGAUCCGGGUCUAUAUGAUGCUGCAUACUCCGAAAUAAGUACGGAUUCCGGUCGGGAUUCUUUGUUCAACCGCCCAGGACUCGGUACGAUGGUAUUUCGUCGCAAUUACGUGUCUGAUGGGCUGUUUCGAAUGGGACGAGAUGAGGGUAGCGUGGUGGGGAGUGAACCAGUGGGACGAGUCCCGAACGUCCGCUUACGAGGGAGAUUGCCCCUACGGUCACCCAGUCUCGAUGACGUCAGCAUAGGCAGCUCGUUGAGCCUCCAAGAGAGGAAUUUACAGGAUUUGCCAUGGGAGGAAGGAGACCUCGGUUUGGAGGAGGAGGAUGACGAGCUACAGCCAUCAUCGGCUCCUUUGGAAGUGUUCCUGGCAUCUCAGGGACUGAGUGACUUCUUGUCCAUCUUCAAUCGAGAGCAGAUGGACCUGGAGGCGUUGCUGUUGUGCUCUGAGCAGGACCUCGUUAGCAUCCACAUCCCGCUCGGACCCCGCAAAAAACUAUUGGAUGCGUGCAAGAGACGCAACAACGUUAUCGACAGAGCUGACGGCAUGCAAGACACUAUGCUGUAAAAGAGUGUGUAUGUCUGUUCCAAAACCUAGCGUACACCCUUGCUCACUGCAUAGGCUACAUGAUACCCAAAGGAAAGGUAAAUCAAUUUUAAUUAGUAUUUUUAUCAGUACUACUUAAUAAGCAGCAUUUCUCUCAACUUGUCCACCAUUUCGGAUGUAUUAUUUCUCUGAGCUCGUUGCAUUCUAGGAUUUCUUUCUCUGCAAAUGAUACACUCGAUGCUGUCUGAGAAUCUGGCCAAAGCAAUGCAUUUCAAGAUAUAUUCAAGAUAAUUACCUGCCUGUGCCUACUUUUUUGAACCACUUCUCGCCAGGAGCUAGUAUGAUCUCAAUUGACCCUGUUCAUGGUGUCUUAAGGUGAAUGGACAUCAUUUCAUGGGCAUCUUAUGGUCAUAUUAUUCCAAAUAAAACAAUGUGUUUGGCUUAGUAUUUCUAAGCAACAUACAUUAACUUUCUCUUCCUCUGAAAUUACUUUGUUUUUCUGCUAGCGUCUGUGCAGGCUGUUGAAUAAUAUUAAUAUAGCCACACCCUACUUGUGCACUUCUGUUAAACAAUGCUUUGUCUAAAACCUGUUCAGUCAAUACCAGAAUGAUAAAAUCAAUUUCCAUCCUUCUCUUCCAAUCACAAAUCCUGUUUUAUUUUGAAAUGCGUGAUAUUGCGGAAGUAAAAUGGGUUGCACAAUGCAUUUCACAUAUUUAAAAUGCUUCUAAUACCUGCAUUUGGAACUGAGCCAUUGUGCGUGAGCACAUGUGUGUGUGUAUGAGUGAGUGAAACAACUGCCUCCCAGUGGCUGGGAGAAAAACUACAGGUCUUCCAUAUGGUCACACAUCACUUUCUAUCUCUAUUCCUGCUCACAAUGAGGUUAUACUUGGAGAAUGAGGUGGUCAUGUGGUUACCCUUUUCGUUUUGUGGUAUAAUUUGCAUAAACUCUUACCAGCUUGAGGUUUAUCCAAGACACUCUGUGAAUUGGCAUGCAUAUGGUUACUGUAUUUUAAGACUAAUUCAACUCAAUUCAGAC